AGUCUCGCGCGAUCUAGCUAAACGGGAUUACAGAGUCGGGACGGGAGGGCUGCAUGGGGAGCUGAGACACAACAAAAGACACACUUCAAGUAACUGGAGGCGCCGGAUGCUCCAUAUUUUCUGUAAACAAAAGAGCAUUUAAGUCGUCCUUUCCAUCGCUCCGCGCUCAACGGCAGUACGUCGGGGGUUCAGCAUCAUGCCGAGCAGCACGUCUUUGCUGGAGGCCGAUGAGGGAGAGUCCGAGGUCCCACCGCCGCUAGUGCACGCUUUCGCCGGUAUGGGCCUCGAAGAGCACCACGACACCCAGAGCCAGACCCCCGAACAAGCGGACGACAGCGUCUCCCUCCACCACCACCACCACCAUCAUCACCAACAACAACAGCAGCAGCUGCCCCCGGUGAGUCACUUCAGCCUGCUCGGUACGGUCCUCGACCUGAAGCCCCUGCCCCUGCAUCGGCCGCCCUCCGGAGAUGAAGCCAACAAAACGGCAGCGCCCGAGGACGAGGAGGGAGAAGUUGGAGCCGCCGAUCCUCCGGGCUGCACCGGGGGCUCUCUGCUGGCGCAGGCCCACCGCCACCCACACCUGACGCCCGGGCUGGAGCACGUCGAGACAGUUUUGUUAUACAGCGGAGAGGAGCGGGACGAUCCCGCGGUCAGCGGCGGCAGCGCCUUACCGCCGGCUAACAGCAUGGCGAUGCUACCGUCCGGCGUGUACGGGGAGUCGGGCUACGAGGCCGAGCCAUCGCUCCUGACUCGGAGAAAGAGCGUGAACACGACCGAGUGUGUGGCCGUGCCGAGCUCCGAGCACGUCGCGGAGAUCGUGGGUCGCCAGGGCUGCAAGAUCAAAGCACUGCGAGCCAAGACCAACACCUACAUCAAGACACCGGUGAGAGGCGAGCAGCCCGUCUUUGUUGUGACUGGACGCAAAGAAGACGUGGCCAUGGCCAAGAGGGAGAUCCUCUCAGCGGCGGAGCACUUCUCCCUCAUCAGAGCCUCUCGAAACAAAACCGGCCCUCUGCCCGCUGGGAGUGGUCUCGGGACCCCUGCACUGCCUGGACAGACAACCAUUCAGGUGCGGGUGCCGUAUCGGGUCGUGGGGCUGGUUGUAGGCCCCAAAGGGGCAACCAUCAAACGCAUCCAGCAGCAGACUCACACCUACAUAGUGACGCCCAGUCGCGACAAAGAGCCGGUGUUCGAGGUCACCGGGAUGCCCGAGAACGUGGACCGAGCCAGAGAGGAGAUCGAGGCGCACAUUGCCCUCCGCACCGGCACCUGCGGGGGCAUCGAGGCUCCGGGCGUGGACAACAACGAUUUUCAGUUCAACGGCACAGACGUCAGCUUCGAGACCUCGGCGGCGCCGGCCGGGCUGGGGGAGGCCGGGUGGCUCCACGCAGGCGCGUCAUCGCCGGGCAGCGGCGGCCUGCUGCCACUCAACAUCAACGGUACUCAGCGAGUCAACAGCAAUAUCAACAGCAGCAUCAAGAUGUCUUCCACCUACCGCAACGACAGCUCCAGCUCCCUGGGCAGCGGCUCCAGCUCGGCCGAUUCGUUUUACGGCAGCGGGAACGGGAACCAGCUGUCUGAUUUCAGCCCCACCUGUGCGUUUAAUGCCAACACUAACAACAACAACAACAACAACAAUAACAACAACAACAACAACAGUGGCGGCAGUGGAAGUUUCUGGUUCGGCGAGAGCCUCGUUCCUGUGGGGUCUGAGGAGCUGAUCAGCCUGGGAAGCGGAGGCUCCUCCUCAGGAUUUGACCCGUUGACCAUUUCCACUGCCUCACACUCUGCUGCACAGCCUCACAUCUGGAGCCCUUUUCUGGAACACCAGUCUCUCCAGGCCUUCGACGCUCACCAGCCUCAGACCAGUCAGCCAGGAACGCCCCGCCUCUCUCCCACCUUCCCGGGGACUGAAGCUCUGGAGCACCCUCAGGCCCAGCGGGUCCUCCGGGGCCCCUUCGGCUCAGCGGGGACCCUCGACGCCCACAGGUUCCCUUCCUACAGCUCGGCCUUUUCCUCUUCCAGCGAAAGCACCGCCUCGUCAUCCUCGCCCCCCGAGUCCUCCCUGUCCUACCGCGCCGGCCUGGGAGUAGCCGGGAGAGGACAGGAGAUAUGCAUCCACUGUAUGGAUAACCAGGUGAUCGCUGCCUUGGUUCCCUGUGGCCAUAACCUUUUCUGUUUCGAUUGUGCCACCCAGAUAUGCCAGGGUCCAGAGGCUACGUGCCCUGUGUGCCUGUCCCCGGCCACACAGGCCAUCCAGCUCCGCAAUAUAUGAUUUACUUUAUUCAAUUUUUUUUUUUUUUAUUUUGAACCAUCCACCUUGACGGCUGACGGCGGGCCAGCUUCCCCAGCGCUGCUGCUGCGGCUGUGUGGGGAACUUACAAAUCUGGCCCUGAAUCAGCGUCGAGGUGGAUCCUCGCCCCUGCUUUUGUCCCGUCCGCUGUGUUGCGUGACAAAGGCCGGGGAGAGCGGACGAAUAAGGAAUGAGGUGUGUUGAGGGCAUAGGUUGGGGCGUCGAGCCCGUUCACGUGCCUGCUGUUGUGAAGUCUUCUUCCCUGAUUGAUCGACGACUGGGAGGGUGAGCAGCCCUCAGUGUAGCAUUGGGUGGGUUGGGAUACAUGAGAUAUAUAAAUAUGUCGUUUUUGUUUUUAUUUUCAUUCUUUUUAAGUUUCUGCUCAAGAAAAUGUCUUUAUUUGUUUGAAUUUUACUGGAAAUGUUUUUUUUUU